UGACUUUUACAACUACUAUAAUAUUCUAAGGACAAUUUUAUGCGCCAAAUCCAAAAUAAAUAUUUCAUAACUAUUUACUUUGAAACUCACUUAUCCGAUUUUUCACCUUGAUGUUUUGAUCAUCUAAUUUUCGAAACAUGGAUGACACAAGCAGCAGAAUUUCGAAUAUCCACUUAAAUGAUAAUCAAGAGGGUUCAGCCAGCCCAGGGGGUGAUGCCCAGGAGCAGUUCAGCCGCCUCAUCUCCAAGGGUAAGAGACUCGUCAGUGAGGGUCGUAUACAGGAGGCCCUGCAAUACAAUAAGAAGGCACUGCAGAUAUGCUACAGCGAGAAACUGGCCAAGAAAAUAAAGAAGAUGGAGGCGUACCUGGCUGCCCACGGGUCAGAGAGUGAGGAUGAGGACAACGGCAUGAUGCACCUAGGCAAGGGCUUCUACCUGUAUGAGACCCUCUACCACAGCCUGUAUGCUCAUCAGCAGGAGGGCGUUCUCUGGCUCUGGUCUCUUUACCGCAGGAACAAAGGGGGAAUACUCGGAGAUGACAUGGGGCUGGGGAAGACUAUCCAGGUGAUAGCGUUCCUGUCGGGCAUGUUUGACAUGCAGAAGAUCCAGACAGUGCUCAUUGUGCUGCCUGUGGCACUCAUGGUCAACUGGGAGAAGGAGCUUCAAAAGUGGGCUCCAGGCCUGAAGGUGGUUGCAUUCCAUGGCAACAGCAAGCGUGAGAAAGAGCGCGCCCUGCACCGGGUGCAGAAGAGGGGAGGGAUAUGCCUCACCACAUAUGGACUAGUCGUCACCAGCUGGGAAAUGAUGGGCCAAAAGGAUGGGCGUGAAUUUGUUUGGGACUACAUGAUUCUAGAUGAAGGCCACAAGAUCAAGAACCCAACAAAGACAAGUAAAGGAGUUCACGCAAUCCCAGCCCAGCAUCGCAUUAUUCUCACGGGCACGCCUGUACAGAACAACCUCAAGGAGCUCUGGGCUCUCUUUGACUUCGUGCACCAGGGCUCGCUGCUUGGAACACAGAGGACUUUCAAAAUGGAGUUUGAAAAUCCUAUCACUAGGGCUCGUGAGAAGGACGCUACUGUUGGAGAGAAGCGCUUGGGUCUGGAGAUGGCAGAGACACUCAAGGGCAUGAUCGCUCCCUACUUCCUGAGGCGCACAAAGGCAGAAGUGAAACUCCGCGAGCAGCACGCACAGUCUACCGACAACCAGGACCAGGCAAAACAUGCUGUCAUGCCAAGCAUGACCAGGAAGAAUGACCUGAUAGUGUGGACAUUUCUGGGAGAAACCCAGCUCAACAUUUACCAAGACUUCUUGUCGUUGGACUCAGUGAAAGAGCUGCUGAUGACCAGCAAGUCCCCACUGGUGGCUCUGACAGUGCUGAAGAAGAUAUGUGACCAUCCACGCCUGCUAUCCACUCGCGCAUGUGCACAGCUGGGCAUAGACCAGGAUGAUGGUGUGGAUGAAGACAUGCUAGAGACGGAGACGGGCAGCCUGAGUGCAGUGACGCGCAUCCAGCACAUCCCUGAUGACACACUGAUCCAGGAGUCUGGCAAGCUUGUAUUCCUUGUGCAGCUGCUAGACAGACUGCGGACCGAGGGACAUCGGUGCCUCGUGUUCUCACAGUCACGUAGGAUGCUGGAUAUCAUGCAGAAAGUCAUCUCUAAUAAGGGUCAUAAGAUCAUGCGGCUGGAUGGCACGAUAUCCUCAGUACAGGAGAGGGAACAGCGCAUACAGAAGUUCCAGACCGAUGCUAGCUACGGAGUCUUCCUUCUCACCACACAGGUUGGAGGGGUUGGUCUCACACUGACCGCAGCUGACAGAGUGGUUAUAUAUGACCCGAGCUGGAACCCAGCGACUGAUGCCCAGGCGGUGGACCGUGUGUUCAGGAUUGGUCAGGACAAAAACGUGGUGAUCUACCGGCUGAUCACGUGUGGCACUGUGGAGGAAAAGAUCUACCGGCGACAGAUCUUCAAGGACUCCAUCACCAGACAGACCACCGGCACUGCCAAGAACCCUUACAGGUAUUUCAGCAAGUAUGAGCUGCGUGAGUUGUUCACACUGGACGACCCAAAGGCCUCAAGUACACAGCAGCAGCUGGAGGCUAUGCACAGUGGUCAGCGACUGACCGACCCAAGCCUUGACGAGCACAUAGCCUACCUGUACUCACUGGAGAUGUUUGGGCUCAGUGAUCAUGACCUUAUGUUCAGCCAGGGAGGGGAGGCGGGCGUAGACGAGGAGGAUGUGGACCCCGAGUUGGCUGUCACUGACCCAGAGACGGACUACAUUCAGAGCAGGGCCCAGAAGGCUCGGGAGCUGAUCCAGAUGGAAUCCAGUCAAGGCAACCCCCUGGAAGUGCGUCUGGGAAAGGGGCCACAGCAGGGGUCAGUGGCUGGGCGCCUGGGCAACCAAUUCCAGAACUGGGAUAUCCCAAAAACAGGCGUGCCAAAACAUGAGGAGGAAGAUGACGAACCAGAGUCCCCUGUUGAACAACAUGUUGACCUGACAGCACAGUCUCCUGUCCUGAAGGUAGAGAAAGAACCAACACUCCACCCCAACAAGCAGUUUGUUGACCUGACGACCCCACCUGUUCAGGUUAAGAAGGAAGCCCCGAUGGACCAUUCUGGUGACGAAGGUGCAGAAAGGCAGAUAGGCAACAAUCCCCCAACACCACUUCGAAUUCCUCACACACAAAGUGUUGGUGGAACCAAUCUUUGGGCUAAGUUUGAACAACAGAAAUCUUCACACGACAGUGACAUGAAUUCCCCCGAAAAAGCUCAUUUUAACCCCCCAAAAGUCAAAGAUAAAUCAUUGGAUUCUGAUAAAAGACACGCACAAGUUCUGACUUCUAGUAUUGCAAGUAUCAGUUCUAUUAAUAUACCAAAUCAGAAAGAUUUCAGACCAAUGCUGAGUUCCACAACUAUAUUCGGUGCCAUUGAAAGUCCAGAUGUUCAACACACAAGCUCCCUGAGUGGACGCAGUAAUAGGUCAGUUUCUGCUAGCAGUGCAGGCCAGAGCAUGUUAGUUGAGGACUCGCCUGGUUCCCCUGCCCGUCAGCCCCUGCAGCCCCUGGUACAGGACUCGCCUGCCAACACCUCCAGACACAGGCAGCACACUGGGUCCUCUCACCACUCAGCAGGGGCAAACGUGAGCAAUGAGGAUGACACAAGGCAAGAAGAUGGCUCAGUUGUAAUUGAUGAUUCUGUGAUUGUGUCUGAUGAUGAGGAAAAGGAAAAUAUCGAGCCUGGUAACAUAUCUGUGAAUGAUAUUCGAGGAAUACUUGAAAAAAGUCUGCAUAGUCACAAAGGCCAUAAUAGCUUCUCUGUUGUUGAGAGUCCAAUUGUAACAAAACCUCGUAGGAAAUCUACAGCCUAUCAGAGACGAGUUAUUGAAAGUUCUGACGAAGAUGACACAAGCACUAGUGACACUGAGAGGCCAUCAGAAGCUCUUCAGCUAGAUGAAUCCAAUAACGCAGGUUAUGCAAACCAUGAAAUGGUGCAUGAGAGUUCGAAUGAGGCUGAUGAAGAAAGUUAUGAAGCCAGUGAAGAAAAUAAUGAAGGAGUGGCAGACCAGGGCAUGGAUGUUGAAGAUGGAGAUGCUGUGUCUCAAAGGGGUGUCAGUGAAGACAGGUUUUCGAGUGUGGAUAAGUCAGCUCAUGGUAGGACUAAUUCUGACAAUGUUGAAAACAACUAUGAUACUGAGCAUGAACAUGGUGCUAAGGUGUGUGAUGGGAUGGAUGAAGUUGAACAUGGGGAAGAGUUGGAAGAAGAAUGUGAUUAUGAGGAGGACGAAGAUUUAGAAGAAUCGCAAGAGCUUGAAGAGUUUGCCAGACUGCCAGUGGAAGACCAGAUCCAGUACAAUGAGCUUGUAGAGAAAAGCAGGUCUUACUGCCAGGCAAGGGACUAUGAGAUGGGGCUGGCUUGCGUGCUACAGGCUCUAGAGAUCUACCAGGACGAGGAACUGCAGUCUACAGCCAUGCUUAUACAGCGCAAGGUGCUGCGUCGACAGAAUAGGCAACCGCACUGAGGCACGCUGCAUAUGAUAAAACUGUCAUUAUUUGCUUUGUAAACAGGAUGUCGUGCUCGUGCAGUAUUUGAACUUGAGAAUUUAUUGUUCAUGAUUAUUCUAUCCAAGAAAUGUUUUUUGAUGUACACAUAUUAAAAUACAAUCUUUUCACAAUCAGAUAGAUUUAAACAUAUGUGUGCCUAUAUAUUUACGUUUUUUUUUUUUAUAUAUAAAUUUUUAUCAUCUUUUUUGGAUAUAUAAAGCAAUACUGUUAUUAUUGUUUGAAUACCUAUCUACAGGAAUAGUUAGGAGUACAUGUUUAUUCUGACGAUUUAAAAUGUUGAGCUGCUUUGAUUUCACAUUUAAAUUGUCAACAGUUUGCCCAUAAAUUCUUAUUUAUAACUAUUUUCAGAAAAAUAUUGUUUCUGCAUGACCCAAUUAUAAAUUUGUGAUUGAUGAGGAAUUAAGGGUAAGAAAAAUCAUUUAGUUUAUUUAUCUAGCAGAGUUAACACCCAUGGAAACAUACAGGGUUCUCACUGCCAUUCCCAAUUGUUGCCAAAAAUGCCAAAGUUUUUUAAAAGGGGUGAUACAAUUUUCAAUUUGCGAAAAACAAGUGGCGAUUUUAAAUCUCUGCCAUUAGUUUCCUCAUUUACAGGUUAUGCAAAUUUGAACAUUGAAAUGGACGGUCAGGAGCAAUUAGACUUAUUGGAAUUGUUUUUUAUUAAUUGCCAUUUAACUAUGCUUCUGCAAAAUUUAAUGGCCCAUUAAAACAAUCUACAAUCAAUGACAAAUCAGAAAAAAUAGAGAUUUUAUUUACUUAUGUCUUACAAUAAUUGAAAUGCAUCCUUUUGAAAUCAAAAACUAAUUUCAGCCUCUACUAUAGAAAUUAAUUCAGCAGAAAUGAGGCUAAUCAAUUUUUAUGUACAUAGAAGGUUAAGGGUUAAAUAUAUAAAGUUAACUCAGUUAAGUACAUCAAUAAAUCAACAUCAUCACA